AACCCAAUCUGCUUGACUCAGCUUGUCUGCCACACUGCAGAGAGGGAUGGGAACCGAGAUGGGGUGCAUUCUCCACAGGGAUGGACAAGAGGAACCUAGAUAAUAAUCGACUAAGUUGUUCUUAAAGACCCGACUGAAGCCACACAGUAGACCUGUUAAGGACAUGUUACCCACCUGACUUUUGUAGGCAUGUGAACUUCUCUGACCUCUGUGAGGUACUCUCUCCCCAGACAUGCACAGUGUGUGGCCCAGCUGGGGGCAGGAGCAGAAGCUGGAGGACAGGGAAGCAGCUUGGGCCCCUGCUAAACCUUUUGGAAGCAUGAUGUCUUUCCAUCCACACACAACGCUCUGCUGUGCAGAUAAGGACCCCGAGGGCAAGGAGCUGUCUGAGCUUGUCCAGGUGACCAGAGCCUCCGGGGUCAGGCGAUCAGGCGGCCAGGUCGCGGGUGGCGGGGCUGGGCCCCUUCGGGCUAGUCCGCCUCCUCCGGCUGCAGGCCCGGCGGGAAGAAUGCAGCCUCUGUGCCCGGCGGCGCCCACCAGCCCAGGAGCUGCUUGUUUUCUUGAAGAGGUUAAGUCACCUCCUGAGCAGCGUCGGCGGCUCGGCGGAAGCCCGGCCACUGAAAGGGGCUUUGUGUGCCGGCUGCGGAGGGCCCGGGAGAGCCAGGGCCCAGCCAGGGGGGCAGCCGCGGUCCAGCCCACCUGCGCCGCCCCAGACCGGGCCGGGGAGGGGACACUUGUGCCCCCAGCCCUCGCUGCCUUCUGCUUGGCGGUGACCCUCAUCCCCAGGAGGCGAGAGACUGGUGCCUGCAAUGUGGCCCCCAACCAGGAGCGGCCGCAGCGCCCCGGAAGGUGUGAAAACUGCCCACGCGCUCAGAAAACUGGGCUCAGAGCCCAUUUGCGAUUCAACAAGCCUUGUAGGUGAUGAUGAUGAUGGUGAUGCCUGUGGAGGCCUGGGAACCACUGCUCUAUAGUCUGAUCUGGAAAUACUCUGGCCAAAAAACCCAGUGCUUUUAAGCCCCUUUCUCGCAGAAACUUGGAAAUGAAAUUCGUGCAUUAGAGAGUGAUGGAGAAAAGGCAAAGGCUUGUACAGGAAAACUCAUUCUAAAAACAGCAGUCUCUUUGAAGGUCUACACACCCGUCCUAGAGUGUGUGGAACUUAGCUCCGUAUUCAUCCACUACAGAAAAUAAGCUUUUCCCUUGACCGUAAUACGGGCUUUGGAGUCUACAGGAGGUCACGUAUGCCUCUUUACAGGAAAAUAUUCUCCAGAACUUACCUCCCAGAGACAUCCUAAAAUGUCUCCAGGCCAAGGAUCUUGUCUUUCUUCAUUUGGAUCUUCACUUGUGUACUGUGGAACACUGUGGAAUUAGGAGCUGCGGGUUCACUACCAGAUGUUUUACAAGUCAGGUGCAUCUAAUCCAUUGAUUUGAGGCUUCUCAGGAACACCUGAAAAUUAAGCAAAUAAAUAAGGUGGACAACACUCCACACAGA